UUAAAAGGUGUGUUAGAUCUGAGAGCUGUGAGUGUAUAGCAUGUGUGUGUGUAAAGCUCUGUUCCUCCUCUGGUUGUUCUCACAGCUCAGCAGGAAAGGACUGGCUUCUAAUUAUAAGGAUUAUUCUGAUUUCUUCUAUAAUGACAUCACAGAAGGAGAUCAUCAGGAACCAGGAUCUUCUCCUUGUCCCUGUGAUAGUGGAGAAGGAUUACGUUGGGAGAAAAACUUUAUCAUGAUGGAGGACUUGCAUGUGAUGCAUAAGAUUCUCCUCCAGGCCAAUGAAGAGCUGAAGAUGGAGAUCUCCUCACUGAGAAACCAUAUGCAGAAGCUCUCCAGAGACAUCUCCACUACCUGUCUCAGAGUGGUGGGGGAGACCUGCAGGUCCAUGAACGCACAGCAGAACCUCACAGGGAAGCAGAACACGACCCAGUUAAAGCAAGAAGUCCAGCAGAAUGGUAAUGUAACAGACAAUGUAAUGGAAGAGAUGGAGGAGGUGAGGAGAAGAGAGAUGAAGGAUUUGAAGAACGUGCACAGGAUGAUGGAGAUGGACAAAACUGAGAAUAUGGAGGAGAAUGCUGAAUGGGGGAGAUGGAUAAAAUGGAUAUUUUGGUGAUGAUAAAGAACUCAGAAUGAUAA